AUGUCUUCCAAACAUCAGUCACCUCGGCAAUCGCUCAAUGCUUCUCCUUUGCCCGAACCAAAACCAACCAAGUCAAUCGUUGCAUCGAAAGUUCCAACAAAUGCAGACGCAAAUGUAAUCAUCAAAGACUUGAGACACAACUACUUAGGUGUCGAACAAGUCACUCGACUCUAUGAUAAAGAUGGAAAAGUCAACAGCAAUGUUCGUAUUGAUUUCACAUCGAUCAAACUUGCAAAUGCAGCUCUAAGUAAAGGAUAUGUUCUCAUCGAUGGCAAACAAUGUCCAGUUCGAACAUAUCAACCACCAUUCUGUCAUCGAUGUCAUACUGAAGGACAUUAUGCUUCCAAUUGUUCACAAAAACCAUUGACUGAACAACGACUUCGAGACUUAUUUCAACAACAACAACAACAACUAGAAUCGAUGAUGAAUGCAUUUGAAAGUAAAUGGAAUGAACGAUUAUUGUCUAUGAAAACAAGUUCACCGACAAAUGACAAUUUAGACAAAGUAAUUCCAGUUUUGAAAGACUUGACAUCAAUUUGUCAACAAUUCAAUCAACAAAACGUUCAAAUGCAACAAAAAUUCAGUAGUGUUAUCAAUCAUUUGCAAGAUAUUAAUCUUCAAGCGAGUGUUGAACAAACACGAGUACCUUUUCCUGAACAAAAUGGACAUUAG